CAGGCGUAGGUUAAUUUUAACGAGAAGGUCAAACGCGCUUAUAAACACACAGAGUACGUUUGUACCAGGAUUAUUCAUUCGUCUAGUCGCUCUAGUGAAUGAAGAAUAGUGUUCCGUUCAAUUGUAUUUAAAACUAAAACAAAUUGCGUAUUUCAAAGCCCUCGCAUCACAAAUUGUCAUCGAUCUUUAAUUACGUGUAAUAGAAAUUGAUGCAAUUAGCAUUUUUGUUGUUCAAUACGUUUGUGAUAAGUUUAUCGGAGUGUAAUCGGUAUUGUUGGAGCCAUGUGAUAUCUUUGCCUUUAAAAGUAGAUAUACGGAGGUGAACGAUAUCAUCGCUAAAGUGUUUGGUGUACCUAUUAUACCACUUUGUGACUAACAAUUCAAACAUGCAGACAACUAAAUUCAAGCCGUUCAGGUUAUUCAAACUAGUAUCUAUCAACAAGGAAAUUACCAGGAGAAUAGCUGUAGCAAGUACAACAGCCAAUGCCGAAACAAACUUGAAAUCAUGGAAGGAAAUUCCCGGACCUCCAUCUUUGCCUAUUAUUGGGCAGUUACACAAUUUCUUUCCUGGGGGUCAACUAUAUAACAUUGAAGUUGUGGACACAACUCUCAAACUAUAUCAGCUGUAUGGUCCCAUCGUAAGAUUCGAUGGUCUGUUGGGAAAAUCUCCCAUGAUAAUACUCUUUGAUCCUGAAGCUGCUGCACAUAUAUUACGCAGUGAAAACUGGCUGCCAAUUCGACCAGGAUUCGUGUCACUUGAGUACUAUAGAAAAACAUUUAAGAAAAAGUUUAAUAAGGAUCACGUUGCUCACACUACCGGUCUAGUCACUGAUCACGGCGAAGUAUGGAAAGAGUUCAGGUCUACGGUCAAUCCAGUAUUGUUGCAGCCAAAGACAAUCAAACAGUAUACGACAGUACUCGAAGAAGUGGCUCAGGACAUGGUCGCAAGAAUGAAAGCCAAUCGCAACGAAAAAAACAUGCUUAAAAAUGAUUUUGAUAAAGAAAUGAAUUUAUGGGCUCUAGAGUCUAUUGGUACGGUAGCUCUCGGCUGCCGACUGAACUGCUUCGAUCCGAACCUACCCGCAGACUCUCCGGAGUGGCAACUGAUCCAAUGCGUCCACGACCUGUUUGUUGUUGCCAACGAACUCGACUUCAAACCAAGUUUAUGGAGAUAUUUUGCCACGCCAACUUACAAGAAAGCUAUGAAGCUGUAUGAACAUCAUGAAAACUUAACAAAACACUUUUUGAAAAAAGGAAAGGAACAACUAAAGAAUAAUUCUGGUGGAGAAAAUGGUGUUCUAGCGAAAUUACUGGCAAUCAACGAAGAGGUGGCUCACAUAAUGGCCAGUGACAUGUUAUUCGCCGGUGUAGAUACGGCUGCAAAUACAGUAACAGCAACCCUAUACCUGCUGGCUACAAACCCAGAGAAGCAAGAUAAAUUAAGAGAAGAAUUAAGGUCCGGUUCUGAUCGUAGAUACCUAAGGGCGUGCGUCAAAGAAUCAUUAAGAAUUAUGCCAGUGGUGUCAGGCAAUCUUCGUAAAACAACAAAAGAAUACAAUGUGAUGGGCUACAAAAUUCCUAAAGAUAUGGAGGUAGUGUUCGCUCACAGAGACAUGUCGCUGCUAGAAGAGAAUUACCCAAAAGCCAAAGAGUACAUUCCAGAGAGAUGGAUAACCAGCAAAGACGAUCCUAUUCACUAUGGAAAUACACAUCCAUUUGCCCACCAACCCUUUGGUUUCAGCGCUAGAAGCUGUAUAGGUCGUCGCAUAGCAGAAUUGGAGAUGGACAUCUUCGUAGCUCGUCUGAUUGAGAACUUCCAAGUUGAAUGGUUCGGCCCACCGCCAAGGAUACAGCAAGAAUCUCUUAACUACAUCAAGGGACCUUUCAACUUCAUAUUUAAUGAUGUCAAGAAAUAA